AUGGAAAAUCAAAAUGAAUCAUUUUUCUUUGGGGAACCAGAUCCAGAUAGUAGUUUUUUUGAUUCAAUAGGAGCAGGUGACGAGUUACAGGUCGAGCAACAGCCACCACCACCACCACAAGAACAAGAAGCACCAGUUGAACAAUCGCAACCAACUGAACAACCUCAAGAAUCACAACUUGAGCAAACACCACAAAAUAUUGAUAAUAUUCUUGUUAGUGAACACGUUGUUAAUAAAUUAAGCGAUAGCAUAAUCGGUGAUAGUUCAGAUACCAAAUCAGAAGCAAUUGUUGAACAACCAAUAGUAGAGUCACCAAUAAUCGAAUCACCACAACAAGAUGAACAAAUAGUUAGCGAUAAUAAUAAUAAUAAUAAUAAUGGCAAUGAAUCAUCUUCAAUGGCCGAAACAUCAAUAGUCGAAACAUCAAUUGUCGAACCAUCAGUUGUUGAACCAUCAGUUGUUGAGCCAUCAGUUGUCGAAACAUUACCAACACAAGAAGAAAAACCAAAUGAAAGCGAAAAUAAAAUUGAAAACGAAAAUGUAACAUUAUCCCAAAAUAAUACUGAAGAAGUUAAUUCAACAGUCGAACUAAAUAAUAAUAUCAACAAUAACAAUAAUAAUAUCAAUAAUACAGAAUUAAAUAGUAAUAUUGAAAGCGAUAAAAAAGAGAUUUCAUCAUUUUUUAGUAAUACCGACGAUAUAGAUCAUAAUGCAUCAUUCUUUAAUUCUGCUUCGAGUGAAUCUAAUAGUGUUAAUAGUAUUGAAACAGGUUCCUUAGCUUCAGCCAUUGCUGCCGAAGAAAAAGAUGCUUCAUUAUUCUUUAAUCAAGAAACAACCAAUAAUAAUAAUAAUAACAACAAUAUUAAUACUGAUCAAAUAAAAAAACCAGUUAAAGAUAUUUCAUCAUUUUUCGCUACACCCGAGUUAGGUUCACAAAAUGAUUCAGAUAAUCUUUUCCAUUCAUUUAAUAUUUCGCAACCACAACCACAACCACAAACACAACAACCACAACAACAACCACAACAACCACAACCACAACCACAACCACAAUUACAAUCACAAUCACAACCAAAACCAGAAAAAGAUAUUUCAUCAUUCUUUGGUGGAACAAGUUCAAGUAGUAAUAAUAUAAAUAAUUCUUUUAAUAGCCCCGCAAAGCCACAACAAUCAGAAAAAGACGUUUCAUCAUUUUUUGGUGGAUCAAGUUCAAAUGGUAAUACAACAUUUGGAAAUAAUAAUAGUAGUAUUAACAGACAACAACCAGAAAAAGAUGUUUCUUCAUUCUUUGGUGGUUCAAGUACCUCUGAAGCUUCAUUUUUUGGUGAAUCUAGUGGUUUAGAUGAUAGUUCAAUGUUUUUCGAAAAUCUUAAUAGACAGCAAGAAGAGCAAAUAAAGAGAGAACAGGAGGAAAAGCAGAGAAGAGAAAGAGAAGAAAGAGAAAGAAGAGAAAGAGAAGAGAGAGAAAAAAGAGAAAGAGAAGAGUUACAAAAAAAACAACAAGAACAAUUAUUACAACAACAACAACAACAACAACAAUAUCAACAAAAUCAAUACCAACAACCAUAUGGAGGUUAUAACCAAUAUCAACAACCAAUGAAUCAAUAUCAACCGCAACCAAUUAACCAAUAUCAAUCUCCACAGCAACCACAGCCACAAAAUUUUUGGAAUCAAACACCAUUACCACUACCAUUGAAUCCAUUCCAAAAUCAAUAUCAACCUCCACAGCAACCACAGCCACAACCAAUACAACCACAACCACAGCUACAACCAAUACAACCACAACCAAUACAACCACAACCACCAAUGAAUCCAUUCCAAAAUCAAUAUCAAUCUCCACAGCAACCACAACCACAACCAACACAACCACCACAAAAUUAUUGGAAUCAACCACCACCACAACAAACAUCCCAACAAAUUCCAUUUUUUAAUAAUUCUCCAUCAAACUCUUUUAAUUCAAAUCCAAAUCCAUCACCAUCAUCCAACCCAGGUUCAUUUUCAAAUCAACCACCACAAGCUCAACAGCCUCAAAUUCAACAAACACCACAAAUUCCAUUACAUUCAUCAUCUGGUAGUCUUCAAACUAGACAACACCAAAGAUCAGAUUCAAGUAGUGAUCAAUUUUCCAGCCUUUUAAAACAACAAGUUAAUAUUAAUAACCAAGCUCCACCUUUACCAAUGGUUCCACAAAUUAAUAAUCCACCAGCUCAACAAAAUUUAGUAACACCACCACCAAUGCUUUCAUCACCACCAUUAAUGAUGUCAAAUUCAAAUCCCUCAUCAUUAUCUCAACAAAGAUCCUCACCAAGUAGUAGUGUUACUUCACAAUCAAUGGUUCCAAAUCAACCAGCUCAACAAAAUUCAGUAACAUCACCACCAUUAAUGAUGCCAAUUUCGAAUCCAUCAUCAUUAUCUCAACAAAAUUCAGUAACAUCCCCACCAUUAAUGAUGCCAAUUUCAAAUCCAUCAUCAUUAUCUCAACAAAGAUCUUCACCAAGUAGUAGUGUUACUUUACAAUCAAUGGUUCCAAAUCAACCAGCUCAACAAAAUUCAGUAACAUCACCACCAUUAAUGAUGCCAGUUUCAAAUCCAUCAUCAUUAUCUCAACAAAGAUCCUCCCCAAGUAGUAGUGUUACUUCACAACCAAUAAUGAUUCCAAAUUCAAAUCCACCAAUGGUUCCUGUAUCAUCACAACCAAUGGUACCAAAUAUUAAUAGUCCACCAAUUCCCAAUUCUUUAUUCCAACAAACUUCAAUUUCAGGAUCACCACAUGUUAAUAAUAAUAUUGGCUCACCACAUAGAACUAGCCAACCAAUCGGUAUUCCUGGUAAUGCAUCACCAUUAGAUCAAAGUGGUGGCUCAGUACCAUUUUUUAAUAGUUCACCAGCUAAUGGAUCACCAUCAACUUAUAACAAUAUGAAUGCUCAUUAUCACACUCCACCAGCUUCAUCAAACCAAUUUGUUAGAAACCAUUCACUUCCAGAUUUCUCAAAUCGUUCAGCCUCACCAAACCCAAGUCAUGGAUUCGUAAAUUAUGCUUACUCUCCAACACCAACACCAUCACAUUUACAACCACCACUUAAUGGUAAUAAUGCUCAAUUUUAUCAUUCACGAUCGACUUCAUGGAAUGAACAACCAAUGGCAAAUCAAUAUUUCAAUCAAAAUCAACCACAAAGACAAGUUGGCCCAUUAUUUACUCGUCCACAUCCAGUUAUUGCAUUUGGUUUUGGUGGUAAAAUUGCUCAAAUUAAAUUAAAUAGUAACCCAGUUUCAGCUGAUGGUGUUAAUUUAUCUAAAUAUUCGAUUCAAAUUACCCCAAUUAAAUCUUUAAUCUCCCACAAUACAUUUUACAACAAUGUUGCAACUUUCCCAGGCCCACUUAAUUCAUCAUCAUCAAAAGAUGCAGUUGGUAAAUGGAUUACCGAACGUGUUAAUGAUAUUGCUUCAGGUAAAAUUGAUACAUUGUGUUCUAAAGAUCUCGAAGCAUCUACAAUUCUUUGGGAGCUUUUAAAGAUUUUAUUAAACAAUUAUGGUAAUCUUUUUAAUAGUGUUCCAUCCGAUAAGGAUGAAAAAACCGUUGCUAAAUCGAUUCAAGCACUUUUAUUGGAUAACAAGAGUGUUCAAACACCAUUCCGUUACACUCCAAAAAAUAGUAAAAGAACCGAGGCUGAUACUAGUUUGUUAAUAAAUAGAAUUCAAACUCUAAUGAAUCAAGGUGAUAUUGUUGCAGCACAAGCAUUUGCUUUAGAAAACGAAGUUUGGUCACAUGCAUUAAUUUUAGCUCAUCAAUUAGGUGGUGAAGCAUAUAAUCGUACUUUAUCAACUUUCGCUCAAGCAUCACUUCCAACUGGCACUCCACUCAAAACUCUUUAUAGUCUUUAUUCUGGUACCACUCGUGAUCUUUUCGUAGAUAUCCAUAAUUCAAACCAAAGUCAAUUGCCAGAGCAAAAACAAAACUCUUUUGCAUUUUUAGAUAGUUGGAAAGAAAAUAUUGCAACUUUACUCUUUAAUGGAAAAGCUAAUGGUUGUAAGGUAAUAGGUGAAAUUGGUGAUUGUAUUUGGCAAUCUCAAAAGCGUAUCGAAGCUGCUCAUAUUUGUUAUUUAUUAGCUGACUACCAAUUUGGUCCACUUAACAAUCCAUCGUGUAGAAUUGUACUUUUAGGUGGUGAUCAUAAAAUUGCAAAACAUUUCAUUACUACCGAAUCACUUCAAAGAUCAGAAAUUUAUGAAUAUUCAAAAAUACUUGGUAAUUCACAAUACUCUUUACCAAUUCUUUUUGUUUAUAAAUUUGUUUAUGCAACAUAUUUAUGUGAUAUAGGUUUAAUUGAUUUAUCAUUAAAAUAUUUAAAUCAUAUUAAGAACUUAUUAAAAAAUCAUCAACAACAAAUAAGUAAUCCAUGUUUUAUUUAUCAAUUGGAUACAUUUGCAGAAAGAAUUACAUCAUAUUCAUCAAAUAAAAAACUUUCAGAAUCUGGAUCUUGGUUCCAAUCAAUUUUCAAUAAAGGUUUUAAGAUUUUAGGUGGAAGCAAUAAACAAAUCCCUACCCAUGGUUCAUCAGAUCAAUUAUUAACAUCUCCAAAUGUAGCCGCUCCAGUGGUAGUUACCAGCACUAAUACUACCCCAGUUAAAGACCAAUCAAAUUCAGGUUUCUUUGGUAAAGCAUCAACUCCAGUCCAACCUGCAACAGCAGCACAAGCAACAGCAACACAAUCAUUUAAGAGUCACAGUAAACAUGAUGAAGACGAAGAUUUAUAUAGUUCAUUUUCUACUAAACCAAAAGCUCAAGUUGCCCCUCAAGCCAAUGAUUCAAAUAAAAAUGAUUUAUCUAAUACAUCAGAUAAUAACACUGGUACUUUAUCAGGUAAUACUUCACCAGUCAAGGAUGACCAACAAGAAGCUAAACCAGGUUUAUUAGCUGGUCUUUUCUGGAAAAAGAAACCAAAGCCAAAGGAAAUGAAUCUUGAAACCACCUCUGACUUUUACUUUAACGAAGAAUUAGGUAAAUGGGUCGAAAGAGGUAAAGAGGCUGAAGCUAUGGCAGCAAGCCAACCACCACCACCACCACCAACUGAAUCAUUUUCACCAUCAACCCCAGAUGGUAUGAUGACUCCACCAUUCGGUAACUCAAGUCCACCAUCAUCAUCAUCGCCAUCGGCUUCAAGACAUUUACCUGGUGCCGCUGCUGCAGGUAGUGAUUCAUUAGCACCACCAGGUAUUAAUAAAUAUUCAUUGGUAUCCCCAGGUGGUCCAAAUACAAGAAGAAAACCAAGAUAUGUUGAUACUUUAAAUCAAACAGUUUAUACUGGUGGUUCUUUAAACCCAACUCCUUCAAAACCUGAACCACAAAACACAAAUUCAAAUGUAUUUACACCAUUCAUGCCAACUUUCGAUCCAUCAAUGAAUAUUGAUCAAAAUCAGCAACAACCAUCAAAUGCCCAACCAAUGAUGCCACAACCAUUAACUUUCGAUCCAUCAAUGAAUUACGAUCAACAACCAUCAAAUGCUCCACCACCAAUGAUGCCACAUGCCCCACCACCAAUGAUGCCACAACAACCACCACCACAAUAAAAAAAAAAGAUAAUAACAAAUAAUUAAAUUUAAUUUAAUAUAUAUAAAUUUAGAUAUAAUAAAAAUAAACUUAUGAAUGAUUAAUUUCAUUUUAGUUUUUU